CGUCGGGAACGUUCUGAUGCCCACGCAAAAUACUUCCCGCCCAUGCUAGAACGGGACAGGGGCCGAGAUAUAUAAAGUGUCGGACUAGCAGGUCGUACUGCAGAACAAAGCUAACAUGAAAGACCUUCCAAUUGAUUACGCGUCUCUCAUAGGUAGUUGGUGCAGCUCCGUUCUUUAUGGCGUCAAUCUCGUUCUUUACUUCAGCUGUGUUCACUUGCUCAUCGGACGCCGUUCGUGGAUUUUACUGGGAAGUGUGACUCUACAGUUCAUUAUAUCGACGGUCCAUAUUGCUGCAUGUCUGCGAUCUAUGAUAGAAGGCUUCAUCUGGUGGAAGAUCCCCGACGGCGCCGUCCUGUACUGGGAAAACCAGGCCCGACCGGUCAACGUCAUAAAAGAGACUGCCACUAUCACGAAUUGCAUUGUGUGCGAUGCCAUAUUGCUCUGGAGAUUAUACAUAAUAUGGAAUAAGAAGGUGAAAGUGUCCAUAUUUCCCGCCAUCAUGGUUCUGGCAUUUGGUGUCUGUGGUUACAUUUCCAUAUACCACGUAGCAACUCUGGAUCUCCAGCCAGAAUCUCUUAGUAUCCUUUACCGAUGGCUCCAGGCUUCGUAUUCGCUGUCCCUAGCAACACAGCUUUCCGUCACUGCAAUGAUUGCCGCUCGCAUCUGGUGGGUGUCGCGACGAACAGGAUCCUGGAAAGCCAGUCCAACGGCCAAGCCCUACAUGAACAUCAUUUGGAUGAUCAUCGAGUCAGGGAGCAAUAUCUGCCGUCACAUCGACUCUCUUCCUUGCUUUCUUCAAUACAGUGGGCAAGAUUAGCAUUAUACUUGGCGAUUCUCUGGGGCAGAUAAGUGCUAUCGCACCAGCUCUGAUCUUAUUCCGCGUUGGAUUGGAGGAGCAGGUGAA